AUGUACCACAAUGCAACUGAUGUUACAGGACACUGCUGGGAAGGGUAUUACUGCACCCAGGGUUCAGACCAGCCCAAUCCUGAGGCUCAGCUCAAUGAUCACAGUGCUGGUCCAUGUCCUUCUGGUCACUACUGUCCAAGGGGCACAGCUGUUCCCAAGCAGUGUCCUGUGGGAACAUUUGCCGCUAGCACCAAGCUAAUAUCUGAGGCCGAGUGUUCUUCCUGCCUGCCAGGCCAUUACUGCAACACUCCUGGUCUGACGGCACCAACAGGAUUGUGUGAAGAAGGAUACUACUGCAUUCUGGGCUCCACCGUCCCCAACAUACCAGCCAUGGAUGAGACUGGAGGCCCAUGCCCCAGAGGGUAUUUUUGCCCUCAGGGCACAGCCAAUCCUUUGCCUUGCCCGGAAGGGUCAUAUAAUCCUUUACAGAGGCAAGCCACCUGCCUCACCUGCCCUAGCGGAUACUUCUGUCCCAAUAAUUCCUCCUCUUUGGAUGGGAACAAAUGUCCAGUUGGCCACUACUGUCCUAUAGGCACUGUCUCAGAAAGCCAGUUCCCAUGUCCCCAAGGGACUUACAAUGCAAACACAGGAAGCAGCAAUCCAUCUGUCUGCAUAGCAUGUGAUCCAGGCCAUUACUGUGCCCUGACGGGUCAGUCUCAUGUCACAGGUCCUUGCUUGGCGGGGUACUUCUGCACCACUGGGGCUACCACCCCAACACCUGCAAAUGGUCUGGCUGGAAAUGUAUGCCCAAAGGGGCAUUACUGCCCUGAAGGAUCUGCCCUUCCCCAGCCCUGUCCUCAUGGUUUCUACAGCAACUCUACAGGAAACACCAAGACUGAAGACUGUCUUCUGUGUCGUGCAGGAUAUUUCUGUGAUGGGACAGGGCUUGCUGCCCCUUCUGGUCUCUGUCACACUGGAUUCUACUGCAGCGGAGGAGCCGUUUCUCCAAGACCUCAGCUGGUAACAAGUGGAGGGGGACAAUGCCCACCUGGUCAUUACUGUGUCUCAGGGAGUGGAAGACCACAGCUAUGCCCAGCAGGAAGCUAUAGCCCCUUCUGGGGAAUGGCCCAGUGUUUGGAAUGCCCAGAAGGUGUUUACUGUGAUGUUGGUUCAGCUAAUUACACCAACUGCCCAGUCGGGCACUACUGCCCACGUGGUACAAAGUUUGCCACUCAGUUCCCUUGUCCAAGGGGGACCUACAGUGAGAUUCUUAACAUCAAGACCGUCUUGGAUUGCCAGCUAUGCCCUCCUGGAAAGUUUUGCUCCAAGCCGGGCUUGGUAAGCCCAGAUGGCAUGUGCAUGCCCGGAUGGUACUGCCCUCCUGGGUCAACUUCAGGCAAGCCGAUAUCCCCAGGAAACAGCACUGGAUCCACUGUCCAAGCUUCUGGUUUAAUUCAAAUAUGUCCUGCUGGAGCAUUCUGUCCGGAGGGAUCUCCUGUUCCCAUCCCUUGCACUCCAGGUUUUUACUGUGCCUCUUCAGAAUUGGCUGCACCUUCAGGCCCUUGUGAUGCCGGCUUCUACUGCACUGGGGGCUCCACCAUCCCUAACCCAAUAGAUGGGGUAGUGGGAGAUAUUUGUCCUGGAGGCCAUGUCUGCCCACAGGGAAGCUCAUCUCCCAUUCCAUGCCUCACAGGCUCCUUUCUGGGCGACCGAGGUGGUGAGUCACUGCAAGACUGCCGUCUUUGUGUGGCUGGCUGGUUCUGUUCCCUCCGAGGUCAAACUUCCCCAGAGGGUUUGUGCAUGGCAGGCUGGUUCUGCCCAGAAGGAUCGGUAUCUGACCAGAAUCCAGACUACCUCUGUCCUCUUGGUCACUCUUGCCCCACGGGCAGCCCACAGCCCAAGCCAUGCCCCCCUGGAAAAUACCAGGAUGAAACUGGUCAAAGCCUGUGCAAAAUCUGCCCAGCAGGAAAGUUCUGUGAUCCUGAUUUCCAAGCACAGGAUUCCAAAAACACCUCUCCACGAGGAGUGGUGAAGCCAUUGGACUGCCUGCCUGGAUACUACUGCCUCUCAGGGACAGAAACUGCCAAGCAAUUCCCAUGCCCCAAUGGCACCUUCAGUAACCAGACAGGCCUGAGCAGCUCCAAGGAAUGCACACCCUGUCCUGGAGGCCAGUUCUGUGCAAACCCAGGUCUUGUUACCUCUAGCGGCCCUUGCUUGCCUGGGUAUUACUGCACCCUGAAAGCACAAGUACCAAACCCUGUUCACGAUGAAAGUGGAGACAUGUGCCCCGCAGGGCAUUUCUGCCCCUUGGGUAGCAGCAGCCCAACACCAUGCCCGAGUGGGACUUUUCUAACCCAGCCUGGGAUGUUGUCCCUCAAUGCCUGCUUGCCCUGCCCUGGAGGAAGUUUCUGCCAAGGAGAAGGUCUGGUCAGCGUUUCUGGGAUAUGUCACCGCGGCUACUACUGUGAUUUGCUGUCUACGCAUCCUGACCAGAAGCUCUGCCCCGAAGGAUUCUACUGCCCCAAAGGCACAGGGUCCCCAGUUCCAUGCCCUUCAGGAAGCAUCAAUCCCCACAGUGGGAAAUGGGAUCCCACAGACUGCAAGCUCUGUCCAGCGGGGCAUUUCUGCAGUGGGCCGGGAAAGGCUGCCCCAGAAGGGAUGUGCAUCGCCGGGUACUAUUGCCCCCCAGGACAGACCUCUGCCACACCUGCUUCCCAUCGGUGCCCACGUGGAUUUUACUGCCUUCAGGGAUCCGUGGCUCCAGCAGCUUGCCAGAAAGGAACCUACCAAUUGGAGGAAGGGAAAGAGUCAUGUGAUCUCUGCCCAGCCGGGUUCUUCUGUGAAUCAUCCAACCAAACUGCUGCUAUCCAGGCCCCCAAGCCAUGCCCUCUGGGGCAUUUUUGCCCCCCUGGCACUACAUCUGGCACAGAACACCCAUGCCCCAGAGGCACAAAUGGGCCCACGGCUGGUGCUGCUGAGGAAUCUGACUGUCAGCCCUGCCCAGCAGGAAUGUACUGCUCCUCUCCUGGACUGUCCCAACCGACUGGUCUUUGUCAUCAAGGCUACUAUUGUACCAGGGGAGCAGUCAACCCUGCUCCCGUGAGACACAGGGUGGAUUCUUCCAGCUUCCUCCUAACCGGGAAUGACAUCUGCCCUCCUGGGCAUUUCUGCCCCAAUGGGACUGGAUAUCCCGUUCCUUGCCCACCUGGCUCCUUUUCCGCUUCUCUGGGUCUGAACGCAGAGAGCGAGUGCCAGCCUUGCCCAGCUGGACUCUACUGCAGCCAAUCAGGGAUGUCUGAUCUGUCCCAGAUGGCACCAUGUAAUGAAGGGUGUGUUUGCCUUGAGGGAAAUGCUGCUCCAUGCCCCAGCGAUGGGAUUCAUGGGUACAGAUGCCCUAGAGGAUUCCGUUGCCCUGAGGGUGCCAUUCUGGAAGUUCCUUGUGAGCCUGGCAUGUUUAGCCCCAUGGUUGGGGCCAGCUUCUGCCUCCCUUGCCCAGCGGGUACAGCUUGCCCUUAUGCUGCUACUGUGGAGCCACUCAGCUGCCCCAGAGGUUACUACUGCCCAGCUCAGACAGCCAUCCCUUUGCCAUGUCCUGCUGGGACCCUGAACACCCUGGAGGGGGCGCUCUCCUCCAAUGCCUGCAAACCAUGCCCAGUUGGGAGGUACUGCAGUGGAAAUGCUAACUGGGAACCUGAUGCUGCUGCUGCUGCACCUGACUUUCUCUGA